AUUUUAUUACCUUAUACAAAAGAACUUCAAAGUAUUUAAAAUUUAUUUUAUAGGAUUGGAAAAGUGUCUUGAAAUAAGUUAAGAUAAUGGAGCAUAUGUGAAUCCAUUGUAAGGUAAAUUAUUUGUUAAAAUUUGAAGAAUAAAUGCAAAGAGCAAAAUAGAAUGUUUUAAAGUUAGAAUCAAUCCAUGAAAACAAAAAGAAAUUAUAAGCUGAUUUAAGUACAAAAUUAUAGAAGCUAAAUGAUAAAUUAUCUUCAACAAUGAUAGAGAGUGUGAAAAAAAAAGAGAGUCAAUUGAUAGCAUUAACAAAUAAGUUAAAAAAAAAGAAUUUAAGAAGGAAGCCUAGAAAGAUGUCUGUGUAAGAAGAAAUUAGAGAAAUUAAAGAAAUAAAAGAAGAGGUUUCAGCUAAAGUUGAAUUGAUAGAGUAAGUUCCAGAGAAAAUUGAAUAAAAAAAAGUAGUUACUCUUUAAGAAAAUCCAACAAUAAAAUUGGCAGAGCCUAAAAAUUUAGAUGAGGUAUAGUAUUGAUGUAUAUAAUAGUUUGAAUUUUUUAAGAAAUUGAAUAAAAGUAUGGAUGCUGCAUCUUAAAGAAAAUCUUAACGUUUAGAAAGCAUUCGAUAACGAUUAAAUGGAUAAGAUGAAAUAGUACAUUUAUAUUUAAAAGAUUAGAUUAAUAAACAUGUUGAGAAAUCAAAUAAAACAAAGGAAGAGUAAGAAUAAAUUAGAUUAACUAAAAUUUAUAACAAACUUUUAAAUUUAACAUAAAAAGUAUAAUAGAAGAAAUCAAAAAAUUAAAUUAAAUCAAAAAAGAAAUCAUUAUAGAUAAAUAUGUCAAGCAGUGAAUCUAAUAAAUAAACUAAAACAAAUAUAUAUGAAGAAUAGAGAUCAGAACCAAAUAGAACUGUUAGAUCUAUAACUUAAGAUAUGAAAUUUAUUUAUGCUAGAUAACGAUUAGAAAAAUUGUAAAAUGAAAGAGAAUAGUAAGUAAAAUCAAUUUUGGAUAAACAUUCAUAAUAUUCUUAUAGGCUUCAAUAAAAUAAAUAAAUAUUAGAUGAAUUAUCUAAUACGUGUUAAUAUUAUAAUUUUAAGAUAAAAGAAUAAUAUUUGUUAUGA